AUGGACGAACUACCGUACGAGGAACAAGAGUAUAUUAUUAAUUCUGGAGUUGAGAUUGAUAACGAAUUAAGAGAGGAGGGAGACGAUGAACCUCCUUCUAUGGAUGAAAUGGAAGAUGUGGAAGGGGAGGAUGAAGAAGAAACUGGUGUUGUUGAUGUUGAAGAAGAUGAAGGAGACGAUGAAGAUGAAGAGGACACCACUGAACAAGAUGAUGAUAAUGUUUUGAAUUUUGACAAUGCUCCUCUUCUGGAAAAUGUUGAAGAUGAAGAGGAAGAUGAUGUCCUUAUGGGUGAUGAUUUGGCAGGAGAUAUUUACUAUGGAGAAUACGAGAUUGACCAAGAUACUGUACUUGAUCCAUCCUCUCUUUUUGAUAUUGGACGCAACUUCCCAGCGCGAUUGGAAAAUUUGAUUACAAGUGGAAUGUUCUCAAAUUUGAGUGGACAAUUCCCACUUCGUUUGGGGAUGGUGCCUCCACCUUACAGACCAGGAGGUGCUUCAUCAGCAGAUUAUGAACCUGUUGGCACACAAGCUCCCUCAAGCAGUUCAACAUCACGCUCUGACACUAGCCGUUACGGCGCUGCUCGUUUAUUCAACAUUGAUUUUAGUGGAAGAAAUCUUGAUUAUGGUACGACUGUUUUUUCAUCUUCAGGACUUUCUCGCUCUUCAGCUGCUUCGGUACCUGCAGAAUUGGAACAAAUGCUUACUGAAUUGUUGAAAGAUGACUCUGAUUCUAGCUCUAACAUUUUAAAGCCAAAAAAAGUAUCUGAAAGAAGAUCAUCAUUUGGGCUUGGAUUGACACCAAAUGCACCAAGAAGUAUAAGUCCAACCAGGUCCACCUCACCAACUGAAUCUGAUGCGAGCGAAGCAAGUGACGCAGAAGAACCAAUUCUUCCUCGUCCAAUCACUCCUCAACCCGUUCAGGAUCAACCUGUUACUCCAACAGCAGCUACACCAGUCACUUUUGAACCUGUAGUAACACCAAGCAAUUUGCCAAGUAACAUUGUGGAUGUGUCUCCAAUUCCUCAGGUUGAUACUUCACAACAAUCAACUUUGAAUAUCCCUAUUAUUCCAGAGGUACCACCAUCUGUCACAGGAAACACAGAUCUCAGCACUAGUGCAGCAACAACAACCACUACUUCAGAUAUGAUUUUGUUACAACCUACCAACACCACUGUCGAACAACCAUCAGUGGUGACCCUCGAACAAAUGAUCUCAAGCUUGUCUGGUUUGGAUUCAUUGUUGCCUCGACAAUCAGCUGCCACAAGUAGUUCAAUUGAUGCAACUGCAAAUACCACUGCUACUUCUUCAAGUGACGCGACACUACCGACAGCAACUCCAGUCGAGCAAGAGCAAGCGACAAGUAGUAACACCGCUCCUCCUACCUCUUCCACAACCACUACAACAACCCAAGAAUUUGCCAUUGACCCUCAAUUUUUGGCUGCUAUUCCAGACGACAUUAGACAAGAGGUACUUGCCACUCACAUUGCAUCUCUUGUAGACAUUUCUUCCACAAGCGAGGAAACAACUAUUAGUCAAGAUUUUUUGAACGCUUUGCCUUUGGAGAUUAGAAAUGAGGUUUUACAAUUAGAAAGAGAAUUGCGAGAGCAACAACGAAGAAGAUCUGCAACUAGAUCAUCUCCCUCUCAUACCUUACCAACAGCUCAAGAGACCACCCCUUCUACUACUGGAGCAGCGUCAGCUACACCUCCUCCAUCCACUACCACCUCUUCAGCAAAUCCUCCUCCAACUCAAGAGCGUGAGCUUAGUACGGCUGAAUUCUUGAUGUCACUCCCUCCGGAUCUUCGUAACGAAAUCUAUCUCACAACAGAUGAAGAAGUUCUCAGACAACUCCCACCAGAAAUGGCUGAGGAGGCUUAUAACGUUAGACAACUUCAAUAUCAACGUCAAAGUCGCCAAAGAGAUAUCAGAAGACAACAACAACAAGAAACAACCAGAUCAAAUUUCUUAGCAAAAGCAAUCAAGAAGCAAAUUUCUCAAGUUGACAAGAAGGAAGAAGAGUUAGAGCCAAUCCUAAAAGAAGAGGAUAUCUCUCUUCUUUUAAGGCUGCUCUAUGUUCCAAAUGUCAAGAAGACUAUAUUGACCAGCGUUAUUCAACAAUUGUGCACCCUUAAACAAUCGAGCAACAUCAUUGUGAAGCAAUUACGUUCCAUGCUACUUUAUCAUGGUUCGCCUAUUGAGCAGGUACCAGAAAAAGUUAAGCCACUCUGCUUGCAAAAAAUGUUUGCAAAUCCGAAGCAAGAUGGAUUUUUCCAAAAAGAAGAAACAGGAACUGUACCUCUCCCUGUUGUUUCAAGUGUACUCACCUUGUUAUUGUACUUGACAAAGAACAGUGAGGUUCUUGGAAUUAUCACAGAAACAGAUGCAGAAUAUGAAUACAAUCAUGAGAGAGAAAAUUUUGCAAAGAUGUUUUCAUUCUUGACAUCGAAGACUCUUUCCAAGUCUAUCUCCACGUAUGAACUCUAUGUGCAAUUACUGGAAAGUUGUACAGAAUAUACAUACAAGAUGGUUCAAACUAUGAAGGAUGAGUUGACAAAACUGAGUAACGAAGUGAAGAAGGCCGAAGAAAAUUCUAAAAAGGAAGAAAAAACAGAAAUCCCAACAACAGAGACUGGGGCUUCCUCCUCAGAAACAAUGGAGACUAAAUCAGAACAAGAAAUUUCUGCCUCGAAAAAGGAAGAAAAGUCCUCCCAAACAGAGGCCAAAGAAGCCUUCACGAAACUUUCUUCCAGAAUGGAUUCUCUCCUUCAGUACUUGAAGAGAAUCUACAAUAGCAACGUAGUAAGAGAUUUAAUAAGUGUAUUAUCGAAUGUAGAUUUCCCUGAAAAGAUUGUGAAAACAGCAACAUCCAUUAUGAAUUACAUGUCUUUCACUUCUGACAUGAAAAAGAUAAUCCUAAAGGAAUUGGCCCAAAGUGCAAAACAAGAGGCAAAAGUUGUUAGGGAUACUCUUGGAGAUUUGCUAUCUUCCAGAGAGGAAAAAUCGCAACAAUUCCAAGCUCCUUUUGAUGCCAAUGCUAUUGAAAAGCUCAAGUUUUGUAGAAUUCUAAGAUCUUACAGUAUUGUUUUGAAGAAGUACAAGAAACAUGAAGAAAAAUCUACUUCUGCUGAGAAGUUAACAAUUUCUGAAGAUCCAGACUUGCUUAGCGAGCACUCACUCGAUUUUGUAUGGGAAUCUCUCGACAAAUACUUGGCUUCUAUUCCAUCUGAACAAGAACCGGCCGAUACCAAGGCCACUCCGCAGACUGCAACUAGGAAAAAGAAAAAGUCCUCCGCUAUUUAUUCUGCUUUGUUCCCAUUUGUUGAGGCCUUUUUCUCGUUCCAUGCGGGAUUCAUUGAAGAAAAAGAGAAUAAUGAAGCUUUGUUGUCUGAAAUGGUCGAAGGAUCUACUCCAACGUCGGCGAAAGGUUUUGGAGAAAAGUCAAAAGUUGAAAGUUUUUUAGAGAGACAUAGAGACUUUUUGAAUACUCUGGCAAGAUCAAACCCUUCUCUUUUGAAUACUACUCUUUCGACUUUCAUGAAAUAUCCAAAAUAUGUUGACUUUGAUAACAAGACCUUUUGGUUUAGAUCCAAGUUGAAGGAAUUGCAGAAGAAGGUUGGAGCUUACACUGCCAAAUUAACUAUUAGACGUGCUCAUCUUAUGCUUGACUCAUUCGUUCAAAUAAGACAACGAUUACCGGAUGAAUGCAAAGGAAAGCUUCAAAUCAAGUUCCAAGGAGAAGAGGGACUUGACGUUGGUGGUUUGACAAGAGAAUGGUUCUUGCUUCUUUCAAAAGAAAUUCUCAAUCCAAACUAUGCCUUGUUUAUUCCUUGUGCUGAUCAAACAACUUAUCAACCAAAUCCUUCUUCAUAUAUUAAUAGUGAACACUUAUCUUAUUUCCAAUUCAUUGGUAGAGUCAUUGCUAUGGCUAUUUUGAACGAGCAAUACUUGGACUGUCACUUUACCCGAUCAUUCUACAAACACAUUAUUGGAACACCAAUUACUUAUCAUGAUAUUGAAAGUAUUGAUCCAGAUUAUUACAAAAAUUUGAAUUGGAUGCUCAAGAAUGACAUUGAAGAUGUAUUAUACUAUACUUUUACACAAGAAGUGGAUGAAUUUGGCCAACGUAAACAAAUUGAGCUCAAACCAAAUGGCAAAAAUAUUCCUGUCACAAAUGAAAAUAAGCUAGAAUAUGUAAGACUUGUCACAGAAUUGAAAAUGACAAAAUCUAUUGAGCAACAAUUGAACUCGUUCCUUAAAGCAUUUUACGAAAUUAUUCCUCGUAAUCUCAUUCAAGUUUUCAAUGAACAAGAGUUAGAACUAUUGAUUUCAGGUCUUCCUGACAUUGAUAUUCAAGAUUUGAAGAAUAAUACCGAGUAUGUUGGAUAUACCAAGGAUUCACCUCAAAUCAAGUGGUUCUGGAACAUUGUCGAAAAUAGUUUUGAUUCAAAUGAGAAGGCAUUGUUGAUUCAAUUUGUAACUGGUACCAGUAAGGUUCCUCUUGGAGGAUUUUCACAAUUGAUGGGAUCUGGUGGUCUUCAACCAUUCAGCAUUCACAAAGCAAACGCAACCAGUGAACGUUUACCCACUUCACACACUUGCUUCAAUCAACUCGAUUUGCCAGAAUAUGACUCUGAAGAGCUUCUACAUGAAAGAUUAUUAUUGGCUAUUCGUGAAGGAUCAGAAGGCUUUGGAUUUGUGUAA